AUGCUUGCUGCAGACAACAGUACAAUGACGUGUUUCCUGUGCGGUAGUCGGUUUCGUCACCCGAGGAUACUGCCAUGUCUGCACACGUUUUGUACCGACUGUAUUCUCAGUCUGCAGACUUAUCCAGUCAUUGACCAGACGGAUUAUUCUGACACGGACAGCGAGGUGGACUGGUUUCCCACCAGAGACAUCGACUGUUACCCAAAUGUGGGCGUUAUACAACCACCCAGAGAGUUCGGCAGCUCCGAGUAUCUGCACGGAACUCCUCCUAGGAGUCGCAGGAUACAGCGAACGAUAAAGCCGAAGAUUACCAGAAGUAAAAGCUGCAAUGAGAAGUUGGAAACUCCAGAAAAGAGUGUACAGCGAAGGCCAAUAUCUUUAAACCGCAGCACUAGUAGCAGAACUGACAGGAAAGAAGGCAGCAGUAACAAGGCUGUAAGACCGCGACAAGACAUCUACAACAAUAAGGUUACUCCAACAGCGUCGCCAAUUCCCGCGGGAAAAAGACGAAUCAUUAUGUGUCCCAUCUGUUGGAAGGAAGUCCAGGUGUCGACAACUCUGCAAGAGUUACCCAGAAACCUCAUCGUUGAAAGAUGGCUCCUAGAGGAUGUGCGGAGAUUUUCGGGGACUGUCCUUGUAUGUGAUCUGUGUAACGAUAUUAGUAACAGUCAUGCUGUUCAUGAUAACGGUGGCAACAGUGUUACAGUCAGGUGUUUAGACUGUGACGAAAACCUGUGCUUACUCUGUGAAGCAUCGCACAGACGUCAGAAGAGAACGAGCGCUCACACUUUAGUUGGGGUUGACCACCUGCAGAAUGCCAACAGUAGCUGCACGCCCACCUGUAGACUCUCAGAGCUGCCAGACAGUUUACUCCCGACUUCAGAAACGAACAUGGUGCCUCAAAAACGAGAACAAUCGAAGCUGGUAAUAGAUUUUAUGACGAACGUUUAUUGCGACAACAAAACAGGUCAGGACCGAACAGCCACAUGCCUGGAGCACCCUGGCGAGGAGUUAAAGAUGUUCUGUGUGAGCUGCGAGCUUAACGUCUGCCUGGAGUGUGUCAUCUUAGAGCAUCGGUCACACGAUUGCCAGUUUGUCACUAGAGAAUUAUUCCAGAACCAGAUGAAUGACGUGGAUCGACUGAUUCAGACCAUCAUCCCCAAGGUUCAAGCCAUGGAUGACCAGAUCAAGUCCCUGUCACAGAUGAAGAACUGGACACUGGAAAGGUCAAAUGCGGUCAGGGGCGAUGUCAAUGUCUUCAUGGACAAGUUUGUUGAGGCCGUAGAGUUGCACCGGAAGCAGUUGCUGGCACAGGUGACCUCCCUGUGUGAGAGUAAAGACAAGGCCCUGGCUGUAGCCGAGGCACACCUGCUGCAGGCUCGAGCAGGCGUGGAGCAGACUCAAGUGUUGGUGUAUGUAUGCCUGUUUUCACAACGAUAUAGUCAAGUGUUGGUGUAUGUAUGCCUAUUUUCACAAUGGUUGUUUUGCAGGUUUUGUCCAGCCAUGAAAGGGGAGGUCAUCAACAACUUCCAGAUGUUUGGACGAGUUAUCGCCAACCAACCAAGCGCUGUUGAUUCCCGUCUCCAUGGCGACGGACUCAACACUGCUCGUCUGGAGCGCAAAUGUGCGAUGGUUUUGAGUGUUUUUGACUGUAGUGGACUCCCGUACACGGACAAUGACGUCACCAUAGACGCCCGGAUCUACUACCAAGGAAAAGAAAUCAAUGUGCCCAUCAACAUGGCUCACCUGACAGGUGGGGCCCACCAGAUCUCCUUCACCCCGCUGUACCAGGGGACCCACUUCCUGCACGUGGGGGUCAACGGUUGCUCUGUCCAGGAUAGUCCAUUCAAGUUUCAAGUGAAAGCAAAAUGGCGACGUCACGUUGGAACCUGGGUCACGUCCGAUCAGCAUUCCGGCCACACUGACACCGAUCACGUGUUUGGUAGCGCUCAGCCUCUAGUUUUGUUGUAUACCCACACAGGUGACCACUUCCAGUGUCAGCCGGACAGUCACUACUGGACGUGCUGUGGCAAGAUGACCUACAACUCGGAAUGCGUGGCCGGUGGGACCAGGCGCUCUCCAGUUCACCAAGCCACCUUCUGA